AUGGUCAUCACCAAACAAUCCGUCCUCAUCACUGGCUGCAGCAAAGGUGGCAUUGGUUCGGCCUUGGUAACCGAGUUCCAGAGCCGCGGCCUCCAUGUCUUUGCCACAGCUCGGGACUUGGCCAAAAUCAAUCACAUCUCAACUUUGAAAAAUGUAACGCUCAUUUGUCUGGAUGUCACGGACGAAGCGUCAAUUGAGGCCGCCGUCGCGCGAGUACGUGCUGUGACGGGAAGGCUCGACUACCUGGUGAACAACUCUGGUACGCAGCAUGUUGCGCCAGUUCUAGAGACAAAACUCGCAGUGGCCAAGUCUAUAUUCAAUGUCAACUUUUUUGGUGUCUUGUUGAUGAGCCAAGCUUUCGCCCCUCUGUUGAUCGCGACUAAGAAUGGUUGUAUCGUCAACGUCUGCUCCAUUUCCGGUCAUGUUCAUGCACCCUGGAUGGGCGUAUAUCAGGCCAGCAAGGCUGCCGUCGAGAUGCUCAGCGAAACUAUGCGACUGGAACUGCAGCCGCUUCAAGUCCGGGUUGUCUCAUUGGUCACUGGUGCCGUGGACACAAACAUUAUGAAGGGCUCAACAACGGUCAGCCUUGCCAGCACAUCGCCCUACAAGGUGGGGUCGGUCGAGGCCGCAAUGAACAAACUCACACGGCCUGACGAUGGCAUUAAGCGAGUGCCGGCCGCCGACUUUGCCAGGGCUGUGGUGAGCGACGUCCUUGCCGGCGCUGCUGGGAAAAUCUGGAGAGGGCCAAUGGCGGGUACGAUACGGUUCGGCUCCGGUUUCUUGCCAACUAACAUACUGGAUAGGACUUUAAUUGGCAAAGCAGGGUUUGAGGAUUUGACAGAGAGCAAAGAGUAG